AUGAAGAUUACUCAGCUUUGGUACUAUCCAAUCAAAGGACUUCGAGGCAUUCAAGCCGAGUCGGCCAAAUUAGGCCCACAAGGGCUUCAGUAUGACCGUCGUUUUAUGCUUUACAAGAUCGAGAAGUCGGGCGAAUUCAGCAAGAUCCAAUUGUCCGGUCACCCAGAAUGCAGCCUUUUCGCACAAGAAGUCGUUGGCGACAAGAUCCGGGUCAAGUACCUGAUUCCAGAAGAACCACUUGUGCCGUGGAAACCAGAGCAGGACACUGUCCUUGAAGUCCCAAUUGAACCGGAGAUCACUGAAUUGAGCAAGGCCGACGUCAGCCUACAUCAAAGUCGCGUUAUUGCAUACCGCAUGGGUCCCAAAUAUGAUGCAUGGUUCACCGCUUGCUUUGGUUUCGACACAGCGCUCGUCUUCAUCGGCGAUGGCCGGCGCCCUGUGCUGGGAACAUUCUCUCCCAAGACUCAGGCUACUCCCCCGCCAUGGCCAAUGCUGCUUCUCAACCACCUUUUAGGGAAGAAAGCCACCGAGGAUGAUUGGAUUACCUUUACUGAUUGUGCGCCCUAUCUGUUCACCACAGAAGAAUCACUCAACAACGUCAAAGCCCGGCUAUCGACAUGCGAUGUUGAAAUGAAGGCUAUGCGACCUAACAUUGUUCUGGAUGGCGAGACCGCAUGGGAUGAGGACUUUUGGGCACAACUGACCAUUAAUGGAGCCCAUCAAGUAGCUCUCACCAAGAUGUGCGGACGAUGCACCUCGCUCAACGUUGACUACUCCACUGGCCGUGCUGCCAAAGGGGAGCGUGGCACGGUACUCAAGAAGCUCAUGUCUGACCGAAGAGUCGAUACUGGAUCUAAGUAUUCUCCAGUCUUCGGUAGAUACGGCUUUCUAACCAGUAACCCCGGUGGCGAUACGACCAUAUCCAUUGGCGACAGUGUGGAGGUGACCAAGAGAAGCAUUGAGCGUACUGUAUGGGAUUGGGCAUUGGGGGAUCCCAAAAUCGCAAAAUACUACCAGUCUUCCUCAGAUACGAAGUCGAGCAUACCCAUAGUUCUAUCAUUCUGGCUGACGGCUGCGGCUCUGCUGGGCCUGCUACCGUGUUGGCUUUUACUUGCCUGA